UAUUUGGCAGUUUCUAAUCUGCAACCUCGGUGAUCUGUGAGCUGUGAGGAGAGGCGAAUCAAAUUGUAUUCUACUUUUGUUUAGUUAUUUACGAUUAUGAUUGAUACUGUUUUGGAUGGUUUUUCGAGUUAAUGGCGUGUUUAUUAGAUAUCUGCUUCGGUAUUGAUUUCGUUCUUCCGCAACAUUCUAAUGAUCUCAUUUGUGUUUACUGAAGUGUAAUUAAUGUAUAUGAGUUAAAACGUGAAACUCGAUUGACACAAUUUGUGAAAAUAUGUGUGUGUUUGUGUAAGUGCUGUUCUUAGUUUACCACUAUAGAUUGUUUCUAAACAGAAAUCCAAAUAGGAAGCAUGAUCGUUUGAAGCAGUAAAUAUGGAGAACGAAGACCUUGAAAGGGAAAGUUUGGAACGACGGAAUUCCAAUACUGAAUAUGUCCCAAGAAAAUGCCGGAUAACACGACCACCCCCGCCGAAACCAGCGACCAAUCCCUUGCAAUUUGUGAAACUCGCACCGCCACCCUUAGUUAAAAAAGCACAAGAACAGGUAAAAAAAGUCGAAGAGAUUAAAAAGGAGAGAAAAGAAAUCCGAGAUGAAACCGAAGACUGGCAGCAGAACUUGGAUAAUUGGAAAAGUUGUCGAAGAAAAAGGCAAGAACAUAUAAUAGAAAGGGUGGUUGAAGUGAAAAAAUUGACUGAGCAAGAAGAAUUGGAGAAAAGCAGAAGAAAGUGCAAGACUUUUAGUGAGAUGUUGAAAGAAAGGAGUCACAAAGGAAGACCAAAAGUAACAAUACCUGUCUACAAUGAUGAUGAUUCCAAUAAUUUUAGUGAUUACGGAAUUUGCAGUAGUAGUUCGAAGGCAAAUAGCGUAAAAGAUGACCAUACUGAUGAUAGCUCCAGCCUCUUGGACGAAAAAGAUGAUUAUAAUUUGCAGGAAAAACAGAAGAAUCCCGGAAUUUCAAUUCAAAGUGAAGAUGAAACCACCAAAAGCUACACCAAAAGUCAAGAUAGAGAAGUAUACGUUAAUAGCAAUGUGAAUACGCGCUCGCCCAAAAAUGUCACGGCUCCAGAAGUUCCCCCAAAAAUGUCUCCAAAAUCUUCAAAACCCAAAUAUGACAAUAGUUUUGUCGAAGAUACUUUCACCACUGACAAUUCGAAACAAUAUACCUAUGAAGGAGCGAUUGAAGAUUACAGAUCUAGAAUUCAAAAAAAGAUUAAAGUAGAUGAAUAUAUUUUCAGCAAAAAAGAAGUGCUGAAUAGAUCCAAAGAAUAUUCUGAAGCUCAAAGUGUUCUUCCUAAAGGAGAAAUUUCAAAGAGAAAAGGAUUGUUUGAAUCAAGUAAAUCCAUGGAAAUCGGUCAUAUGGAAUACACGAGUUGUAGAAGAGUAUCCGAAGACUUUGUCAAUGCAAGGAGUUUAAAAGAUCGAUUAAAAAGUUUAGAAUCGGCCACAGACCAAUCCCUAACUAAAAUUGACAAAAGUGAAUUUCAGGUGUCUGUAAAAGAUCGGUUGGCUAGCUUUAACCGGCGAAUUGAACCUGUAAAUAAAGAAUUGGAGAGAUCAAAAAUAAGCAGCUACUCGUUAGAUAAAUCUGUCAGUACUCCAUCAUUUCAAAUUUACACAAAGCCUGAACGACUCUGGAAAGCAAGUGAGAGGAGUUCAAGUCCAGAAGCUGAAACAUAUUUAGACAAAUUAGACAUGUUCCAUAACAACUUAAACAAUUUAAUGGGUUCGAAAUCUGUCGAUGAUAAUAUUGGUGAUUAUUGCACUUCGAAUGCUACUUAUCCUCCUUCUACAUCGUCUGUUGACUUAGCGGGGGUACUGUCAGACAGAGAAGACAGUGGCAUACAUACUGCCGAUGUAUCAUGCUCAGUCAGUCAAGCUGAUGAGCCUAUAGAUACGUACGCUGAAGCAAUUUUUAACACUAUUCCAAGUUGCAUCGAGAAGUUGCAAAAAACCGAGGAACAAAGUUCAAAUCCCGAAAUUAUUCGAGAAUCCUUAUUGCCAGCUACAUUUGUGAACACUAAUCAAGACAAUAUCGAGUCCAAGAGUGAUUUUACAAGAGAUGAUAUUAUCGACUUCACCAAAGAGUUUUUGGAUUCUCUAAUUAAAGAUGCGACGUUAGAAAUCGCUAAUCAAGAUGUCGCCAAACACACAGAAAAAGCGUUAAAGAAGAGCAAUUCAGAUGAGAAACGCGACGUAAAAAGAAAUGGAGACAGUGUCUCUGAGUCUACGUUGAAUCAAGAUAUUGAAUUUAGGUCUUUGUCUGACACCAACUUUUUACCGAUAGAUAUUUUCACAGGAGACUUUCCACUAACAUCUACUAAAUUGCAACCACCCAACGUUAGACCACCUCCGCCUCCUCCUGUUGAAGAUGGUAAUGGAGAAUCUACUCCAAAGCCUCUCCGACGACUAAACUCGACUAAAAGAAUUAAAAAAGAGAUCAACAGUAAAAGAUCCAGCUUUUUAGGAUUAGACCAAGAAAAUGCCUUUGACAAUGACCAGAUUAUUGAAAAAUCACUAGAUUACAACUCAUACCAACCAAAAGAAACAAAGCAGGAAAAGUCGCUGUAUAGAAAAAUUUUAGAUCAUGAAUCAAAUACUGGUUCACUGAGCAAAGUUGAGAGCCAAGAUUCAGGUUUGGAUAUUGAUCGAGGGCGAUUAUCUAGUGACACUUGGUGCAGUAGUGUACCCAGCCAUGACAGGCAGGAUAGUGAACACACAAACAGCAUAACUUCGGAGGAAGACGAAAUCACGAAGAAGGAACGGGAGAUUAUCGAAAUGGUGGAAAAAGAAGAGAAAUCUAAAAGCAAAGUCAACUACAUUUCCAAUUCUCAAUUUAACCAAGCCAAAUACACAAAUAAUAUCCGGAGCUCUGAGCACACCUUAGGGAGCGAGAAAUUCUGCAAUCCAUAUUAUCCGGAGGCAUCACCACAUUAUAUAGAUGACCAAGACUCAGAAGUACUAAAAGUCGAACGGGAGUUACAGCAGCUAGAACAAGAAGAGUUGGAAAGGCAACGCGAAAAUAUUAUAUUUAGAGAAAGUCGUAAUAGAGCGAGAUUAGCCAACAGACAUUCCCUGGAAAACAUAUGCGAUGAUAUAUAUCCUCAUUAUUCUAAAUCAGAGUACAGAAAGUCGCUUCCUGAUUUAUCCACCGAAUUCCAGCAAUCAGCUGGUAACGCUAGUUCGUCCUAUUAUGAAAAUAUUGAGCCCAUUAAAUGCAUGCAAUCCACACCUGAUAUCCAGCAUGCAUAUCAAUCGUCCGCCCCGGAACAAAGAGGUUUUGUCAGAAAUAACCGUCUAGCCAUGGAUCAUAGAAAAUCAAUGCCAGAAUUAAAACAUGACUCCAGAGGACUAGGAUUUACGUCUCCUCCAACGUUCGACAGGCAACCUAUUAAACCCAGCACUAAACCGUUGAGAACCAUUCCGAAUCCGAAGCCAAGGAUUUUAGCGAAGCCUAACCUGAAACAACUAAGCGCUAUACCGAAGAAUCGUCAUCCAGAAAAUUGGGCUGGUUCAAAAGCAACACCACCAGGCGCCAAAAGUUACAGUCAGCAUUGGGUUAUCCAGGAAGCGGAAUUGCGAAGACUAUCUGAACAUCAUCAAAAAGCGACUUCGCCCAUUAGAAGCAGUCAACACGAAAAACCUCUUCCAGACUCUGUUAUACAAACAAUAACUCAAAGGGUUCAGAAUCGUAGUGGAUUGAUUGAUAGAGCACAACCCAGGAAGAGAAUUGAGCCUGCUUUGAGUACGGAUUACAAUCCCUACCCCAUCUACGUAAACCAUCCCCAAGCCAUGGGUCAUGCAAUGCCCUCAGGGUCGUUUUGUCCACAAUCUACUGAGGACAUUAUUCAAGAUACCAUGUUGAGUGUCAGUGGCAAAAAAAAGUGUUCAUAUUGUAAUACUGAACUAGGACGUGGUGCUGCAAUGAUAAUUGAAAGCUUGUGCUUGUUCUACCAUAUGAAGUGUUUCAAAUGUUGCGUCUGUCACAUCGAGCUUGGAGACGGACGUAUUGGCACAGAUGUUCGAGUUCGAAAUCAAAAACUACACUGCCAUAAUUGUUACUCUAGUGAUGAUGGUGUAAAAUUUAGUUGUGUUUGAUGGUUUCAAAAUUAAUAAUUUUCUAAGAUACCACGCUAGCCCCAUUUGUUCAGUCUCCUUUACAAUUUUAUUGUAAUUGAUUAAAAUCGUAAGACUCAUAGACCUCAUUAAUUUUGGUUAAGUGACAUUUUAAUACUUCUCCGAAUUUGCGUGAUGUAUAUAGAAUGGUUAAGUAUUUUGUAUAUAUCUAUACAUAUUUAGAAAAUGUUAUAUUUUUGCCUUAUGUUUUGUAUAGUUUAAGUUUAACAAUAUAGCCUUAAGAAUUAUUGUUAGUUUUGUUGGUUGUAUUUAUAAUUUACAUAUUUUUUUAGUCUCAAGAUUAGGGACUAGAAUCAUACCGUUAUAUUAGGAGUGUUUUUGAAACAGUUUUCAAAUAUUGGCUUGUUUCUUUUUGAAUUUAAAAAUAUUUACCACUAAACUAUAUACAUAUAGGUACUAAUGCAAAGAUGAUCUGAAAGCAAAUUGCCAUCAAGUUUUGAACAUUGUUAUAUCUCUUUCUACAAUCAUUUUUGUAAGUUUAUUUUGUAGAUUUUUCAUCGUUAACUUGAUACGUGUUAAUAUAUUAUUGUCCGAUUUAUGUGUACUUUUGUAAUGUGGAUGGAUGGUAAUCUAUAAGCAAUGAGUCAUAGGGCAGCAUAAUCAUAAUUUGAAUUUAAUGCAACAUGUAUUUACAAUAAUAUUUAAGAUAAUAAAAACUUUAUUUCUCAAAAAUUCAAGCAUGUGAACGAAUUUAGCCAGCUGAAUAAAUAAUUUGGUUAAUAUUAUUCAAAAAUUUACUUAAAUAACAGGAAGUUUUCUUGUAAUUUAAUUCACAUCCACUUUUUAACUUAAGUUUAAAGUUCCCUUCAACUAAAUAACAAUAUUUUUUUAAUAAAUUAAACAUUUGCAUAAUCUUGCCCUGUCGUUUUGUAUUUAGUUUUAUGAACACCUGCUUUAUAUAUAGGUAAAAGUGCAUAUGUACAUACACAUGUUUAUGUGAGCUUUAGUUCUGAGCUUCCUUUAAUUAUAUGUAUAUGUGACUCUAUGGACCAUUGCUUUUGCGUCACCAUUUUUAUUAAACUUAUUAUGUUCUGGGAUACUUGCUAGGCGAUAGUAGGGUUACAGUUUAUACCAGAAAAUGUUCUAUUUCAUAUAAACAUUUCACCAAAUACCAAAUUAUUUAAGAUUAUUAGGAUUUAUUAAUAAGAAAUUAAUUAAGAGUUUAUAACGUCAUAUUAUCAAUUUAUUUGAAUAAUAAAUAUUGAAAGUUA